UUUUAGCUAUCGAUAAGUGCAAUCGUCGGCGCACAUUGUGAUUGGAGCCGCUGAAACGUGCAGUUUUUUUUAAUAAACACAAUAGAAAAUGGAAUUAUUGCAUGGCGCGUCACUACUUUCGAGGCCAGCCGACGAAUUCGGAAAUGAUUCGCUUGUGGAGGAAAUGUGGGCGGCCAAAGCACUCGAGCAUGCCGAAGUGCAUUUUAAUCUCCUGACAAGUGUGCCGCCCACACAGCUGCGAUUGACGCCAUACGAUGAUCAAAUCUAUGCCACCUUUCGCCAAGACUUUCCCGAUUUGCAGGUGGCUCGACUCAGCGAUGAAACUCUCAAAUCGGCGGCAGAAAAGUUGAAAUGGCGUCAAUUUGCUGAGAAAUUCAAUAAAAUGGAAGACUAUUCGUAUGGUACUCUGAUGCGUGCUGACGCCAGCAAGGAAUUCUCACCAGACAACUCGAUAUUCGUCUUUCGCGUUCAGUUCUUGGCCAUUGAAAUUGCCCGAAAUCGUGAGGGCCACAACGACAAGGUGCACAACAGCCAUCGCCCCACGAAGAAGACGCAAAGCAACGAGGAGACCGCUCAAUGAGGAAUAGCAACAGAUUUGUCUGUUUUAGUUUAGUUUUAAAAGUUAUUAAAGUGCAGCAUUUAUGGCUGUAAGACAUGCCAGGACUUUCACUAGAUAAA